UCUUUAAAAGGUGUGGUGACUGCGUGACACGGUGACACAACAUCCUGGAGUGGAGGCAUUUCUCAGACCUGGGAAGUUCAGCCCUGGAGACUUCAACUACAGGCUAGAUAAGCAAGUAGGUGAUAUUACCGAUUAAUUUGCCCCGGAAUUUCCCACAAAUACCCGUAUACAGUUUCUACACAGAGGGAAACAACCGGACAGGCGGCUGUCUAUUAGCCUUCUCUACUCUGAACAGUUAGUUAGCUAGGUAACGCUCUCCAGUUUGAAAAUGGCUACAGAUGAGCUCUCGUCCAAGCUCAGCCGUCGGCUGCAGAUUGAAGAAGGAGCCGAGGAUCCUGUUGCUGUAGACGUCCCCGAACACGAGAAUGGGUCGGAGGAGAAACCGAGUACAGCCAACGCAGACUCGGAGCUGGGCGCCAAGCUGUUGCGGCGAGGAGAGCUGAACGAGGGGCAGGGUGAGCCCAGCCAGCCCAGCAUGAAGGUCUUCAACCCCUACACCGAGUUCAAGGAGUUCUCCCGAAAGCAGAUCAAAGACAUGGAGAAGAUGUUCAAAAUGUAUGAUGCUGGGAAAGACAACUACAUUGACCUGAUGGAGCUGAAGCUCAUGAUGGAGAAGCUUGGCGCUCCACAGACACACAUCGGCUUGAAGAACAUGAUCAAGGAGGUAGACGAGGACCUGGACAACAAACUCAGUUUCAGAGAGUUCCUGCUGAUUUUCAGGAAGGCAGCAGCAGGAGAGCUGUCAGAGGACAGCGGCCUCUGUGUCCUCGCUCGCCUCUCUGAAAUUGAUGUCUCAACAGAGGGGGUCAAAGGUGCCAAGACCUUCUUUGAAGCCAAAGUCCAGGCCAUCAAUGAGUCCAACCGGUUCGAGGCAGAGAUCCGCCAGGAGCAGGAGGCUAAGAAGAAGCAGGCCGAGGAGCAGAAACAGAGACGAGCUGCUUUCAAAGAACUGCAGUCAGCCUUCAAGUGACCAACCUGUCUCUCAUCUCAGGACCUCCCACUCUCUGUGCUGUACUAAUGCUGUUAAUUUGUCAAUGAGUGUGUUUGAAUGUUUGUCAGACAGUGGUAGUCCUGAGUCAGCUGCAGGGUCCAGGUUCCCUACAUAUUGACCACUAGUCUACAAUACAAUGGACUAGACAUAUAUAAUGAAAAAUCAGCACCGUCUAUGCUUAUGGAGCUAAUAGAUAAAAAAUCAGUGAUUCAUCUGUAUAUUUAGAUUUAUAACUCAUUAACUCCCUCAAAGAUGAAAAAAAAAAAGGUUUAGUGCAGCUAUUGCCAGAUGUGCAGUCUGCACUGAGCUAAAUGAAUGGAUGAUUUUUACAGUAUCUGUCUUUAGCCACUGCGUCUGCAACAUCAAAAAACCUGUUUUUACCCAAAUAUUAACUCUGUGGUCCACUGUGCUGGCACAGUGGUGUACUGACGCAGAGCACUCCGGCAAAAAAUGGUUGAAAUGAUCAGUUUCCAAAGUAGUAAAAUCCAGCUUUGUCGUUCAAUAAACCGCUGCUUAUCUGAAUUGUAUUUGAUCAUUUCACCUGUACUGAAACAACACGCAGUCACCAACACAGCCACUUGUUAUGGGCUGUUUACACUCUGAACACUUGGCACCUGCUGUGCUUGGAUCUUAAAUCAGUAAACUGAUGCUGAAAUGACACAGUGUCUAGUUCCUAGUAUUUGCAUAGACUGGUGAUGAAUGCACUUAUUGCACUGCUACAGUGUUUGCUUGUUUGAGCUAACUUUGACUGAUUUUACUCUUUCCUGAACUCAUAUUAAAUCUACAGUGACACUUUGUCAUAUAACCCACCUGUCACACAAAAUUCAAUUAGUGUUAAAUGCUGAACAAAUAGCUGAGCUCCACAUUUUUACUGUCAGCUCUGUAUUUUUGUACAAUGGGGUUGGGUGGGUGUUGAGUAGAUUUUGGUAGUUGUGGUUUGGGAUGCUAGUUGGUGGUGAUCAUUCGUGGUUUGCACGGGACCUCAGAAGUACAGACAGCUUUAAGAUAAUGUUUAAUUUUUUUUAUUAUGAUUAUUUCUUUUCUAGUUUUGGCCAUCAUUCCUGUCAGCUUAGUCAACAAUUCACUCAUUCACUUCAUUGCUGAGAUCUGGGGAUGUAGAGUCUGUUUCAGUUUGGAGGUCACGCCAAUCACAUAUCAGACAGUAUGAAACCAUCAAAAUCAGUUUCCUGGGAGUGAAAGUUAAAUGUCCACAUUUUGCAGGAACUACUUCCUUGUUCACCUUUAUUCACUUUACAAUAUUUUUCAUUUUCAGAUCAGUGGUUUAGUUGUGUGGACUAGCAUUCCCAUAGCUCAACAGUGAAGUUAGUGAGUGCAAUGCUUCUAGAUCUGACAGGGAUGAUCACCAGACUACAAAUAGGCCCUUUUAAAGACAUGCUCUCACUGUAUGUUCUCUCACUUGGAUGAACCUGGAGGUUCAACACAAAAUAUCAUAUGUGCCAUUAUAGCAUUUAGACCAGUCCCACUUGUGUUUAAAAGCUUACACUGCUUUACUUUUUUCACUGUUCUCUCACUGUAAUAUUUUGACUAAUGUGAAAUCUGUGUUCAUGAAUUGAAACCAGCCUUGAAUGCUAAUCAGCUCUUUUUCUAUGGCCCCUAUUGUUGUGAGAUGCAGCUUGUGGGGCUAUGUAUUUUCUGUAAUCAGGUAAAUCUUUUUGGCAGAGAGAUUUGCACAUUUUGCACUUACUUGGUCAUUUGUUGUAAGUGUCUUAAUUGAGAGAAAGUAGAUUUAACCUUGAUAUGACAUAUAACCUUUGAUUCAAGAUUACCUUCCUUCUUUGGAACUUUGUGUUAAUCCUGAAGAUCGUUUGGUGGAUCAUGCUUGUGGAUGCACAGUAGCAACCCUAAGCACGUCAGCAAAAUUACUUUUUAUGUCAUAGGAUAUACAGAUAGUAGGCUGCUAUUUAUUUUAAAGAUAAUCCAGCAGUAGCAUGUGAUGCUUUUAACAUAAAUUCAUUUUCCACAGCUAUACAGGACGGCUCAAGCUGUUGUGCUGUGUCAGUGCUGGAUGAUAAUUGGGCAGUGGUAUGGAAGUCGUGUUUUCAAAAACAAGAACAAACACAAAAACAAAUAAUUUGGUUGAGUUGAUUGUAACUCAUAAAGCCUAUUCAUCAACUGUCUUGUGAGAUAGCAUUGUUCCAUUGAUUCUCUCACUAAGUGACAAACUCACAGGUGACCUCAUGUUUGAACAAAAUUCUGUAGUUUAAAUAAGUGAGAACAAGAAACUAAAGGAAGAAAAAUAUGAAAAGUGAAAAACUUUGCUAUAUACUGUCACACUGGCCUAGCCCUACAUGUGUUUAAAAUUAUUUAAGAAAUUGUAUGUUUAAUAAAAGCACACUAGUCAGGUAUUACAUUUAUAUGAUCUUCAGGCUUAUCACGUAAUAUAAUCUAAAUCUGAGAACGAUUUCAGUUCUUUUCUUUUCUAGAACAGAUUUCUUAUCCUAAGUGUUUGCUUUUGAGCCACUUUGCAAAUGUAUGAGGGACAAACUUUUGUUUAGAACUACAUAAGAUAAUAUGCAAGAUCCUUUAGUGUAGUUAAUGAUACAGCACUGUCUGUUGAUGCAUGCCAGGACACAUUGAAGUGUCUUAAUGAAUGAUCGAACAACUGUUUCAUCACAGUAUGAAAAAUCCUCAGUACCUUGUGUAGGACGAGGGGUUUCUUUGAAAUUUCCUCCCAGUUCAUUGUUGACGACUCAACACAAUUCACAACUUCAUCAAUAAGCUGGGUGGACAUUUGGGCAUUUCAGGGUUUAAACAUGUUGCUUUCUUGUGUAAAGUGGUCAGUGAGUAGUUGUUAUUUUGGCUUUUGUCAGGUCUGUUAUAUGGUGUGUAUUAAGGCUAAUAGUUUUUGGUUUUGACCAACUUUCACAGAGAUGUGUCCGCAAAGUUAUUUCCUGUUAUAACGAAACACUGUUGAUAGUAUUUGGAUCAUUGUGCUGAUUUGUUUUAUUUUUUGGUACUGAUCUUCCCACAUUUCCUAAAUAUUCAAAAGAGUAAUUACUUUUCUUCUGUUCUUUUGAAAAAAAAAAAAAAAAUAAGAUAAACCCUUUAUAUAUGCAAAUGUUUCAUUACUGUGUUUCCUUGGUUGUUCUCUGUUGAUGUUGUCCAGGAUUAUUCCAACACUGUAUUAUGUAGUGCAUGUGAAACAGGAAACAAAGUAUUAUUUAUUUUAAAUUUCGUCCCAUUAAACAUUGCCGUAUUACUGAUGGAGAAUAGUGAGUUGGAGUUGAGUGCACACACAGUAACGUGUUAUUCCUCUACUGAAUGCUCCUAACAGUUCAUUCCUCAAUGUCCUCAUUGUUAUCAGGAUAGUGCCAAACGUUUAAACUACUGUCAUUGUGUCCAGUCCAAUGGAGCUUUCACUCUCCACCCACAAAGGUGUCAACAAUGAUGAUAAUGAAAGACAGUUAUUCAGAAAGCUGUUGGCCGAUGUCGGUGUUUGUUUUUCAUUCUAUUGUUGGUACACAUUCCAUCAUACUUCUCAUGAACAUUCUAUGAUAAAGUCCAUCGUGUCAUGGAUAUAAUUUUCUACUGCAAGUCUUACUUUGCCACUGAGAGUCACUGUGAAAGUUAAGGACUCAACUUUCAAUCCACACUCCCUGAUGUUGUUGCCAUGGCCUCCCAGCUCACCAGUGAUGUUCAGAAACUCAACUGUGAACUGAGUUGAAUGUGAAAACUUAAAAAUUGAGCUUAACAUUAUCAGGGAGUGUUUUUUUUUUUUUUUGAUUUUGUUUUUUUUACUCAUACAAGAGGUUGUCUUGAUAUGGUUUCAUUUUCUUUCAAUUUCCUUUUUUUAUUAGUAUGUGCAGCUGUACUGUCUUGUAUGCUGAUAACAUGAGAAAAGGCUCUAAUACAUCUUUAUUUAGAUUUUCAAUAAAAUGUAUCCUUUUGUCACAAUAAA